AUGUUCAAUGCGAUGAUGUGGGGAGGUAGCAUUGUGUCAUCCAAAGCUGGCAUAGAUGCCCUGGCAUCUGCCGGUUUUGAGGAGCCAGGCGUGCUUUUUGGAGCGCUGCGUUUUACUGUUGCCACGCUGUGCUUGUCGCCCUGGCUGUUCUCUUCCAGCUCUCUGCAGAGCACGCUCGGUUCGCUGAAGGUUGGGGCCUUCUACGGAGCAGGGUAUGUCGCAAUGUUUCUGGCCUUGGGCUUGGGGACCACAGCAGCGAAGACCUCCUUCUUCGGCUCGCUUCAGGCCGUUGUUUGUGCAGGCAUUACAUGCGUCAUUGCUGGGCGCUUGAACAUGGGAACCCUCACCGCAGCAGUGAUGGCGGUCACAGGAGUCGCAAUCCUUGAGUUCGCUGGCGGUGGCUCGUUGGAUUUGGGUUUCGGGGACCUGGUCUGUAGUCUGGUCCCGCUCAGCUUCGGAGCAGGGUGGUAUGUGCUUGGCAGAACGAUGAAAGAUCAUCCGCAAGACACGCUGCCCUCAACAGCGAUCCAGCUUGCAAUGACCGCUGCAGCUAACGUUGGAUGGCUGACCUGGCAACGGGGCGGGGACGUCGUCGAGCUGGGCACGCAGAUCCCGCAGUUGCUCCAGGUGCCCGGCCUCUUGGGACCUCUUUGCUUUUCGGCCCUUGUCGGCAACGUGCUUACAAUGUGGCUGGCCAACGAGGCCCUGCGUCGGGUCAAAGGCUCUGAUGUGGCGCUCAUUGCCGCAUCUGAGCCGCUCUGGGCAGCCGUGGCUGCCAUGGCAGUUCUUGGUGACGUGCUGCAGCCCCACGAGAUUGUUGGAGGAGCCUUGCUGAUUGGAGCUGUUGUCACUGGGUCGAGUGUAGCAAUCGUUUUCACUCUUUUUUAUGCCUUUGCAGAAGAGCACUUCAAAAGGUUUCUCGUUUUUGAACCUGUUGUGCAAUCACAACCCAGGUCUGCAAUGAGAAUCCUGUCAGCCUUAGAUUUGUGUGGGUAUUUGUUGCAAGUUGACUUGUACGGGGGCGGUGGCUUGUCAUGUUCGGUGAUUUAA